GUCUACUCCAAAGCAUGCGUUCUUUGUAUUAAAAUUAUAUCUAAUUCUUAUCAGGUGCACAUAUGCAACCCGUCCUGCAUCCAUCUAUUUCACCUGUGAUCACUUGAACAAGGCAGCGAACCAGAUUGUGCUGUUUACUUUUCAAAUUCCCAAUACACUCACCCGGAUAAUUGUCGGUUGCUUUGCUCAGAAUCCUCACAGGAAGCUCUAUGUUACCAAUGUGCUCUAGUAGUUUAAGAGGCUUCACAUUUUCGUGAUAGUGUGCCUCACCACCCGCUACAAGUUGGCUCCUGAUUCAAUGAUGUCUGCAGAAGUUGCAAAUAAGUUGCCAAAGGACUUCAUAUGGGGAUUUGCUACUGCGAGUUUCCAGAUCGAAGGAUCCACCAAUGUUGAUGGACGCGGAAAGUCUAUCUGGGACGACUUCUCGAAACAACCUAAAAAGACACUGGACGGCCGAGACGGAGAUGUGGCAACCGAUUCAUACAGGCUCUGGAAGGAGGACAUUGCUCUACUUGCCCACUAUGGCGUCAAGUCCUAUCGCUUUUCCUUGUCCUGGUCUCGCAUCAUCCCGCUUGGUGGCCGCAACGACCCCGUUAACCCCAAAGGUAUAGCCUUCUACUCCAAUCUUAUUGAUGCACUGCUGGAACAUGGCAUAAUCCCAUUUGUUACUUUAUACCACUGGGAUCUCCCCCAGGCCCUGCAUGACAGAUAUGGCGGAUGGUUGAACAAGGAUGAGAUUGUCCAGGACUACGUCCACUAUGCUAAGGUCUGCUUCCAGGCUUUCGGAGACAGAGUCAAGCACUGGCUGACAGUGAACGAGCCAUGGUGCGUCUCAAUUCUGGGGUAUGGAAGGGGCGUCUUCGCGCCAGGACGAUCAAGCGACCGAGAACGAUCACCCGAAGGCGACUCCUCCACCGAACCGUGGAUAGUUGGCCAUAGUGUCAUUUUAUCGCACGCACACGCAGUUAGACUUUAUCGCGAGGAGUUUAAGGCCGUGCAGGGUGGCCAGAUCGGAAUCACGCUCAAUGGUGACUGGGCCAUGCCAUACGAUGACAGUCCACAGAAUGUGGAAGCGGCACAGCACGCCCUUGACGUAGAUCCAAUCUAUCUCGGUCAUUACCCGGAAUAUAUGAAACAGAUGCUCCAGGAGCGUCUGCCGGAGUUUACACCGGAAGAAUUGAAGGUCGUCAAAGGAUCCUCUGAUUUCUAUGGCAUGAACACCUACACCACCCACUUGUGCAGUGGCGAUGAUGAAUUCCAAGGAUUCGUCGAGUAUACCUUCAUCCGUCCUGACGGCACUCAAUUAGGUACCCAAGCGCACUGUGCCUGGUUGCAGGACUACCCCGAAGGAUUUCGCGAUUUGCUUAAUUACAUUUGGAAGUUGGGGCGAUGCGCUGACCUUGACUUCAGCGUCACCGAAAAUGGAUUCGCUGUCAAAGAUGAGAGUUCGAAGCCGAUAGAGGAGGCAUUGCAGGACAACGACCGUGUGAACUACUUCAAGGGUAACACCGCUUCUAUCAAGGCUGCUGUGCUUGAGGAUGGCGUCGAUGUCAGAGCCUAUUUCCCGUGGAGCUUUCUGGAUAAUUUUGAGUGGGCGGAUGGAUACAUCACACGAUUUGGCGUAACAUACGUCGACUAUGAGACCCAACAGCGAUAUCCCAAAGAGUCUGCGAAAUUCCUCGUUAAGUGGUUCGGAGAUAACGUCGACGCGGGCGACAGAUAGAAGAAAUCUGUUUCUUUCGCCCGAGCAUUGUUGGAGCACUGGUGUGUGACGAUUGUACCUAUAAGUUAGUGAGGUAUCUCAGAGGAAUCUAACUCGCUGCUCUUGCUUUAUGUAUCUAUUUGCCAAUUGUUUAGUAUUUUACAUAGCGUGACUGUGCCCAGAC